GGGCGGCUUCGUCUUCCCCAUCAUUCGAACCAUCUGGAUUCAGUCAACAAUCCCUUGACCUUAAUGUCCCCGCCAAUUUUGACAUUGACGUCGAACUGGAAGCUUUGCUAGCUUUCCCAGAUGGUUCAAACUGCAUGGUAUUUCAGGAUUCCACAUCACUACUUCAAUCAGAUUGGAAUUCUAUGCCACUAUCGUCGAUUCCGCGCUCUGAUUAUGAUUUCUCCGGCCUGAGCAGUACAGUUUCAACACCACUUGGGAAUGAAACUCUCUGUCAUAAGUCACAUCAGAAUCGCAAGAGUCAAAUAUCGGUCCUUCCGUCCUUCAAAUGUCCGCAUUGUUCCGCAUUUUUCACAAGCGAACAACGAGUCGGGUCUCACAUUCACACAUCCCAUCGGCAUGCCAGCAAAUGUGAUGGUUGUGGGCAGCGUUUCACGAUCCCAAAAGAUCUAAGACGCCACCUACAAACAGCAUCAUCAUGCCGAGAAGGAUCAGCACGUCCCUUUGCUUGCAAAUGUGGAGAGACAUUCAUUCGAAAGGAUCAUCUUCUACGUCACAUCAGAAGAAAGACCGAGAAAUCAAAAGAUGGCAAACGCCAUGCAGUUCAGGUUGGCCCUAGCAACUGAAACGAUGCCGACGAAAAGGAUGAUGUUGGGUAUUCUAGACAUGAAGAACUAGCCACGCUGCGAUCACAGAGAUCCACGUGCUAGUUUUAUCCGUCCAGACUAUUAUCGGACAUCUUAUGGAGCCCCCACGUGCCUGGCACCAACCUGUCGGCACUGUUGUUCCGUGGAUGCCCUCUGACGAGCGGCACAAACCCACCAAAAAAUCCCGUCAGGUACAAUGGAACUCUGAGUUGGAAAGAAGAACUAGACUUGUAGAUUGGCAGGAUCUUGCCUGUCAAAGUUUAAGGGAAUGAUCACAGAAGUGUUUUGGGGAUUAUUUUGG